AUGGCCCGCUCGGCAGCCCCCGGCCUCCCACUCCCUGCCACGGCCCUGCUGCAGGACUGGGGCUGCCGAGGACCCCCGGAUCCUGAGGGCUACAGCAGCAGCUCGCCCGCACCCUCACCUGACUCCUGUGGCCUUUCCUCCCCCGCCGCUGCCCAGGCACCCUGCCGCAGCCCCGCUGACCCCUGCCUGCGGGGCGGCCCCGGGGGCAGGAGGGGGAUUCGGGGCACGGGGCCGGGGGGCCCGCGGCAGAGCGCCAGCGAGCGAGAGAAGCUGCGGAUGCGCCGGCUGGCACAGGCGCUGCUGCGGCUGCGGCACUACCUGCCACCCGCGCUGGCACCCGCCGGGCAGACCCUCACCAAGAUCGAGACCCUGCGCCUCGCCAUCCGCUACAUCGCCCACCUCUCAGCCCUGCUGGGGCUCAGUGAGGAGGUGCUGGCCCGGCGGCGGGGGGCAGCCCCCCGGCACUGCCCCCUCUGCCCCCAGGGCCUGGGGUGCUGCCAGCCCCCAGCCCCCCGCCUGCACACACCAGCCCCGGCCCUGCGGGAUGCUUCGCCCCCCGGCACUGUGGGCUGGGGGUCACCUGCCGCGGUGGGGACCCCCCUGGAGCUGCAUGGGGCUCCCGGCAUGGAGCCAGGGCCCUGGGGGUCACCUCCCUGUGGCCCUGCUGCGGGGACCCCCCCUGAGGUGCUUGGAGUUCCCGAGGUGGGGAUGGAGGCCUGGGGGUUGCCCCCCUACAUCCCUGCAACAGGGACCCCCCCGCAGCUGCACGGGGUUGUCGACUCCAACGUGACCUCCUGGCUCUCCCCUCACGGCGCAGGGGCAGGUGCCCCCUCGGACCUCCCCGGAGACCCCCUGCUGGAUGCUGAGCUGAUGCUGCCGGAGUUUGUGGACGCAGGGACAGUCACCCAGGACCUCUCUGCAGACCUGCUCUCUCUCUUGGAGGCUCUGCUCCCGCCGCAGCCUCAGGACUGACCCCGAUGAGCCCCCAGCUCCUGGUGCCGGAGGACCUGGUGCCGCACAGCCCCACGACGCACCGUCCG